AGUAAGAGAGGGAAUAACAGAACAAAAAUGACUCCCUACAUGUAUUUCGUUUUGUAUUGCAAUUUAUUUCUCAUUCCAGCCAUUUCAGCCAAAUUAACAAUGAAACAAGGAUUGUUAAUGAAUCAAGUUCUAGCCACUUAUGUUCUAGACAACGCCCAAGAUUCAUUUUGCAAAAACCACUCCAAUUUGUACAGAAAUGGCUUGAGAUCAUUCGAACCAUGGGCUCUAAACAUGUUUGAUUCCUCAUCCAAAAUUCAGCCUGGAAUUCUCCUCGGAAACUUAUUCGAAUUUGGAAGCUUCAAACAAUGCAUCCAGACCAGAUUUGGUGAAAUCAGAGGAAAACACUGUUCGGUUAAAAUAACUCCAAAUUUGAACUUAGUCAAAAAAAUUCUCUCGUUUCGAAGCAUCACUGAAAAAAGGUUUCCUAAAAUUAAGCUAAUUGUGGAAAAAUCUGCCCUGUUUUGGUCAAUUUGUGUACCUGAUUCGUGUCCAACUGAUAAUAUUUUACGACACUUUAAAAAAAUUAUUCUCGAAAUGACCGAGGGUUUGAAUUUGAGUGUAAGUUUAGAUGAGCAUCACUGUUUUAGCGAAGAGAACCGACUCCAGAUGGGUUUGCCACAAUAUGUUUCUUUGUAAUGAGGCGAUUUUGCUCUUUUUUAUGGCAAUGAGUGUAGUUAGUACUGUACUACCAACGAAUUCUUUUUUUUCCGCAUUUUCGAUCACUUCCAAUUAUCAAAAGAUAGUGGCAAGGAGAGGACCAAAUGAUUUAGAUUGUCUCCACGGACUGCGUUUUUUGAGCACCUGUUAUGUGAUUGUAGGACAUCGGUACUUGAUGGCUAUGUUUUCACCAGUGAUUAAUGGUUUAGAAAUUUUGGAUUGGAUUUUGAAUUACUCCAGCACGAUAAUCAUUGGUGGUACAAUUUGCGUCGACACGUUCUUCAUGCUAAGUGGUCUUCUAGUAAGCGUCAGUUUCUUUCACCAUGUUACCAAAAAUGGUACCUUUAAUGUGCUAACCUUUUACCUUUAUCGGUACUUUCGAAUAACCCCUCCACUUGCAAUUGUGGUUUUGAUUUACGCAACUCUGGUCGAAUUUUUGGGUUCCGGACCGUUAUGGUACGACACGUGUUUGGCACACUUGGAACCAUGCAAGUAUUACUGGUGGUCGACUCUUUUACACGUUCAGAGUUACAUCAACCCACACGCCUUGUGUAUUUUGCAAACUUGGUCACUAACUUGCGACAUGAUUUUUUUCUACUUUUCUCCGGUCCUUUUGUAUCCUCUUUGGAAGAGUCGAAUGUUUGGUUUGAUUGUGUGUGUUUUCUUUUACAUUUUAUCGGUCACAGUUAGUUUCUAUCUGGCUUGGAUUAAUGAAUACGACGGAGGAAUGCCGAUAACUAAUCAAUUGUUUGAAACAAAAUACUUUCAACAACAUUACAUCGCUCCUCACACUCGAGCACCUCCUUAUAUCCUUGGAGUGCUUUUCGGAUAUUGUCUCUUCACUCUAAAAGACAGGAAAACAAAAAUGAAUUUUUUUACGAAUUUGAGUGGCUGGUUUUUGGCUACGAUUUUUAUGAGUGUAUCUGUGGUCGGAUCUUACAGUUUUCAAAUGGAAAAUCAUGAUUAUAAUCAACUUGAAGCUUCGCUGUUUUUGUCAUGUUCUCGCUCAGCUUGGACUUUUGGCCUAAUUUGGAUAAUAUGGACUUGUGUCAAUGGCUACGGAGGACUGAUUAACGAUUUUUUGAGCUCGUUUGUGUUUCGAGUAUUGGGCAGAAUAUCAUAUGGAUGUUUCCUUCUCCAUUUAAUUCUACAAAUUUUCAAAAAUGGGGCCAACAAAAUGCCGAUUUAUUUUUCAAAUUUUGCAGCGAUUUAUGACAGUUGUGCUGAUUUGGUGCUAGUCGUAACAGCAAGUUUUUUCUUCACAAUUUUCUACGAAUUGCCGCUUUUAAAUAUCGAAAGUUGGUUUUUUAAGAUAGAGAAAAAAGUGCAAUCUAAUGACUAAGUGGCAUUUCCUAUGAUCCGUAUAAUGCGACGAGAAAGAAGGUUUAAAUAAACAAAAAUCCAUUAGUCUUGUUACUGACGCACAUGUGAGAGGCCACCCACGUUUCAGCUGUAACAAAUUUACAGCUUUUGUUACAAACAACACACAAUGCUAUGAUUGUAUCGCACUCUGCUUUGUUCUGCAAAUAAAUUAUUCAUAUAGUUAUCCUCUAUUAUGAGGGUCGUUUAUGAUUAUUCCUUU